UCAGAUGAACUGAAGGCCGCAGCACUGGUGGAGGAAGACAUGGAACCUGAUGAAAAUGCAAUUGAUGGGGAACCUUCAGCAAAAUACGUGUGUCCGGAAAAAGACUACAGUAAGAACUGCCAGAGCUACCAAAACUCUCCAGCUGCUGAAUUUUCCAGCCAUGAAAUGGACAGUGAGUCACACAUCAGUGAGACAAGUGACCGAAUGGCAGAUUUUGAAAGCAGCUCUAUCAAAAAUGAGGAAGAGAGCAAGGAGGUUGCAAUACCACUUGAAGAUUCUGCUGUGUCUGAUAGCUUAGAACAAAUGAAAGCCGUAUAUAAUAACUUCCUUUCCAAUUCCUACUGGUCCAAUCUCAAUUUGAAUCUCCACCAGCCGACUUCAGAAAAAAACAAUGGUAGCAGCAGCAGUAGCAGCAGCAGCAGUAGCAGUUGUGGGAGUGGUAGCUUUGACUGGCAUCAGACUGCUAUGGCAAAGACACUGCAGCAAGUUUCUCAGAGCAGAAUUCUUCCUGAACCAAGUCUUUUUAGCACAGUUCAGUUGUACAGACAAAGCAGUAAGCUUUAUGGCUCUAUAUUUACUGGAGCCAGUAAAUUCCGUUGUAAAGACUGCAGUGCUGCCUAUGACACUUUAGUAGAAUUAACAGUGCACAUGAAUGAAACAGGACAUUAUCGAGAUGACAACCAUGAAACUGAUAACAAUAACCCUAAAAGAUGGUCCAAACCUCGUAAACGUUCUUUGCUUGAAAUGGAAGGGAAAGAAGAUGCCCAGAAAGUAUUAAAGUGUAUGUACUGUGGCCAUUCAUUUGAAUCUCUUCAGGACUUGAGUGUUCAUAUGAUCAAAACAAAACACUACCAAAAAGUGCCUCUGAAGGAACCUGUUACACCCGUAGCAGCAAAAAUUAUCCCAGCUACUAGAAAAAAAGCAUCACUGGAGCUUGAACUUCCAAGCUCUCCAGAUUCCACAGGUGGGACACCAAAAGCAACAAUUUUGGACACCAACGACGCGCUACAAAAGAAUGCAAAUCCUUACAUUACGCCAAAUAAUCGUUACGGUCACCAGAAUGGUGCCAGCUACGCUUGGCAUUUUGAGGCAAGGAAAUCUCAAAUUCUCAAAUGCAUGGAGUGUGGAAGUUCCCAUGAUACUUUGCAGGAACUCACUGCCCACAUGAUGGUGACAGGACAUUUUAUAAAAGUCACCAACUCUGCCAUGAAGAAAGGGAAGCCAAUUAUAGAAGCCCCAGUGACGCCAACAAUAACAGCUCUACUAGACGAAAAAGUACAGUCUGUGCCACUCGCAGCCACCACUUUUACAUCUCCCUCCAACACGCCUUCUAGUGUCUCCCCAAAAUUGAAUGUUGAAGUAAAAAAAGAAGUAGAUAAAGAGAGAGGGAUUGCUGAUGAUAAAAUGAAAGAGAAAGAGAAGUCAAAUGAAGAUGAGGAAAAGUAUGAUAUCUCCUCAAAAUAUCAUUAUUUGACUGAAAAUGACCUGGAAGAAAGUCCUAAAGGGGGGCUAGAUAUUUUAAAGUCUUUAGAAAACACAGUAACAUCAGCUAUAAACAAAGCCCAGAAUGGUACACCAAGCUGGGGUGGCUACCCCAGUAUUCAUGCUGCCUACCAGCUACCUAACAUGAUGAAGCUGUCGUUGGGUUCAUCGGGAAAAAGUACACCCUUAAAAUCUAUGUUUGGAAACAAUGAAAUAGUGUCACCGACUAAAAACCAGCCCCUACUGUCGCCACCAAGCAGUCAAACCUCCCCUGUGCCAAAAACCAACUUUCAUGCCAUGGAAGAACUGGUAAAGAAAGUCACUGAGAAAGUGAUUAAAGUUGAGGAAAAAAUGAAAGAACCUGAAGGAAAGCUGUCUCCAGUGAAACGUGCGACACCUUCGCCAUGCAGCAGCGAAAUCAGUGAACCCCUCAAAAUGGAUGCCUCCAACGAUGGUGGUUUUAAAAGCCAACAGAACAGCCCAGUUCCUCAGAGGGAUAGUUGCAAGGAUAGUCCAACUAUAGAACCAGUGGAAAAUGGUAAAGAGCCUGUAAAGUCAAUUGCAAGUACAUUAAGCAGCAGCACAGCUAUUAUUACAGAUCAUCCUCCUGAACAACCAUUUGUAAAUCCAUUAAGUGCACUGCAGUCUGUCAUGAAUAUUCAUCUUGGGAAAGCAGCAAAACCAUCUUUGCCUGCUCUGGAUCCAAUGAGCAUGCUUUUUAAAAUGAGCAACAGUUUGGCAGAAAAGGCUGCGGUGGCCACCCCACCUUUGCAGUGCAAAAAAACAGACCACUUAGACCGUUAUUUUUAUCAUGUCAACAAUGACCAACCCAUAGAUUUGACGAAAGGCAAGAGUGACAAAAGCUGCUCUUUGGGUUCAGCGCUUUUGUCAUCCACAUCAACAUCUUCUGCAUCUUCUUCAUCUACAGUGACAACAGCAAAGACAUCUGCAGUCGUGUCAUUCAUGUCAAACUCGCCGCUACGCGAGAAUGCCUUGUCAGAUAUAUCUGAUAUGCUGAAGAACCUGACAGAAAGUCACACAUCAAAAUCUUCCACACCUUCCAGCAUAUCUGAGAAAUCUGACAUUGAUGGUACCACAAUAGAAGAACCAGAAGAGACUACACCGGCUCAGAAAAGGAAGGGACGUCAGUCUAACUGGAACCCUCAGCACUUGCUCAUUCUGCAGGCCCAGUUUGCAGCCAGUUUACGACAGACAUCAGAGGGAAAAUACAUUAUGUCAGACUUGAGCCCUCAAGAAAGAAUGCACAUUUCAAGGUUUACGGGACUCUCAAUGACCACAAUUAGCCACUGGCUAGCCAAUGUGAAAUACCAGCUCCGAAGGACGGGAGGAACUAAGUUCCUUAAAAAUUUGGACACUGGGCAUCCAGUGUUCUUUUGUAAUGACUGUGCUUCACAGAUCAGAACUCCUUCAACUUAUAUCAGUCACCUUGAAUCACAUCUAGGUUUCAGGUUAAGAGACCUGUCCAAACUGUCCAAUGAACAGAUUAACAAUCAGAUAGCACAAACAAAGUCACCAUCUGAAAAACUGGUGACCUCAUCUCCAGAGGAAGAAAUUGGAACUUCCUAUCAGUGUAAACUUUGUAACAGGACUUUUGCAAGCAAGCAUGCUGUUAAACUUCAUCUUAGUAAAACACAUGGGAAGUCACCAGAGGAUCAUCUUCUGUAUGUUUCGGAGUUAGAGAAGCAGUAG